AUAUUUUAAGCCUUGGUUUCAGCUUCAAAACUUCUUUUUCUUUUUAUUUUUCCCUUUUAUUUUUCUUCAACGCAACAACAAACAGUAAUGGAAGAUCAAAGCCAAGACACUAACAGUCCAAGCCAUGGCUCAGAGAGAAGCGAACCAGUGAGGUCUAGGUGGACUCCCAAGCCUGAACAAAUCCUCAUACUCGAGUCCAUCUUCAACAGUGGAAUGGUCAACCCUCCAAAAGAUGAAACCGUGAGGAUUCGAAAGUUGCUUGAAAAAUUUGGUGCUGUUGGCGAUGCAAAUGUCUUCUAUUGGUUCCAAAAUAGACGAUCAAGAUCUCGCCGCCGACAACGCCAGUUACAGGCGAGCCUCAACGCUGGAGAACAAAGAAAUCAACCUCAAUCGAGUGGUGCAAUUCAAUAUGAAAACAGCUUUGCAGCCAGUGCUAUGGGCUACACAACUUCUCCAGCUUUUGCUUCAACUCCGUCUAAUUUUCUAGCUGGCUCUUCUUCUGCUUCUUGUGGAUUUAAUGGUGCAGAGAAUCUUUAUUCAGUUUCUGGUGAUAUGGGUUUUCAAGAAAUUGAACAGAACUCCAGUGUAACUUCAAUCUUAUGCCCUUCAGAAACUUCCAAUUUGCAAUAUCAAUCUGGAUCUGUCACAGUUUUUAUCAAUGGUGUGCCAACAGAAGUUCCAAGGGGGCCACUUGAUAUGAAAGCAGUGUUUGGCCAAGAUGUAAUUUUGGUCCAUUCCUCUGGUGUUUCAGUUCCAACUAAUGAAUUUGGGUUCUUAAUUCAGAGUUUGCAGGAUGGUGAAAGCUAUUUCCUGGUUUCAAGACCGGCUUAAACAAGAAUCAAAGCUGAAACGAGUGGGAGCUUCCUCUACUAUGUUGUUCCAGUAUGCUAGGGCUGCUAUUCUGUAAUAACCCAAGCGCUUCCUAAAACCCCAUAUCCAAAAGAGAAAAAAAAAAAAAACAUUUCCAAAAGAAAAAAUAUAUAAGUUAUUUUAGUUCCUAUAUGUCUUUUACCCUUUUCAUUUUAAUCCAUUCGUUUCUCUUGUUUUA